UAAACAUUUUCCUGGACUACUUUCGUCACGGAAGUUACCAGCAAGACCAGACUAAUUGGCAUUCUUUUCGCCGCCGCCGCCGCCGGGUGUAUCUGGUCAACACGAUGCCGCACAUCUUUGGAGCAGCCCCAGGUGACACAUCUACGGAGCAAGACGAGACUGAUCAUUAUUGGAGAGCAUCUGCUGACGCAGCCGCAAAAAUACCAAACCCGAUGUAUGUCUCCAGCACAGCAACCACGUGCGCUUACAACAAGACCAAGUGGUCCCACCGGUGCAAGAAGUUCUGGUUGACCGUCGGUGGACUGGUUUUCGCGGUCAUGGCUAUUGUACUUCCGUUCGUGGCAGUUAAUGUGAGCAUCCUUUCUGGGGAGAUGAACAAUAUUUCAGUACGACUGGCCAAAGUGGAACGUAAGUAG